ACGCGAAACUAGGCGCCAUGUUGUGGCAGCAGAACUACUCAUUCAAGUCUCGACGUUUUAGUGCCAUCGAGUUACCAUAAUGGCGAGCAUCCUAUCGACACGAAACUACUCGUUCUAGUCUCAGACACGUUAUAUCGCGUCGUUAACAUCAUGGCUAGCAUCCGACUAAUCCAGCCGCGUCACGUCGGAGUGCCGUUCACUCCCUGUGAGCGGAGCCCGUCACGCGAAGGUAGCCGUUCAUUAGCAUGGAAUAGCAGCGAGUGCUGGCGAGCGUCGACUCUUCGUCCAUGCAUCAGCUUCCUCUCCCAUUCGCGCGUCACACACACGGUCCGCAGCCGCCGGUGUCAUAUAGCGUGCGCUUCCGCCACCCCAUGGCGCACGAGAGGCAUUUUCCCAAACCCCUUCGACCGCCACCCUCCCCUAUUCCCCCUCACUCCAAUCCCCGCGCUCGCCGCGCUUAUCGCUCCCACUCGUCCACGUGUCGCCUGUUCAGCGCACAUCGCUGCGACAGCGCCGCGUCGCCUUCGCGUUUUCGCAACGGCCUCGUCGCCUUCCGUGAGGGGGUCGCCUUCUGUGGCGCCUCAUAUGUCGUCUUCUGUGAGCGGGGCGAAGAGCGCGACGACGGCGACGACGUUGACGACGGACGGUAAAGGCGGGCUCAAGGUGGGUGGCGAGGAGUCAUCGGAGGGCCUUCAGCAGCCUGGAGAGGUGGUGGGCGCCACGUCAUCAUCAUCUGAGCUGGCCGGCGAGGUGGUGGACGCCACGUCAGCGCAGAGAGGCCACCUGGACGUGUCGCGACACAACCUGCCGCUCUGCCGCAUUGUCAACCAGGCAGCAGUGAAAGAGGCACUCCUGGCAGCAGCGGUGGACCCCGAGCUGGGAGGCGUGGCGCUGGUGGGCGGGCACGGCACGGGCAAGACGGUCAUGGCGCGCAGCCUGCAGCAGCUGCUGCCGCCCAUUGCUGUCGUCACGGGCAGCUGGGCCAACGCGGACCCCACGAGACCCGAGGAGUGGGAGGACGGUUUGAGGGAGAGCGUCAAGGAGCAGGGCUUUGACAUACGCCGCCCACCCAUCACCCUCUGCAAUCCGCCCUUCGUUCAGGUGCCUCUGGGAGUGACGGAGGACCGUCUGCUGGGGUCGGUGGACGUGGAGGCGUCCAUCGAUGAGGGCAGGAGCGUCUUCCUGCCGGGCCUGCUCGCACAGUGCCACAGGGGCGUGCUGUACAUAGACGACGCCAACCUGCUGGACGACACCAUGGGGUCCUUGCUCUUCGCAUCGCUGGCGGACGGCAGCAGCACGGUGGAGCGCGAGGGGCUAUCGGUGCGCCACGCGUGCCGGCCGCUGCUGCUGGCGUCGUUCAACGCGGAAGAGGGCAUGCUCAGGCGCCACCUGCUCGACCGGAUUGCACUCAUUGUCAGCACGGAUGCGCCUCUCUCAUUGGAGCAGCGGGUGGCAGCAGCUGACGUGGCGAACACGUAUCUGGACGGCAGACGUGCGACAGGGGGAGGGGAUAAGGGGCAUGUGAGAGGAAAGGGGGGCAUGAGAUUGGAGGACGAGAAAGAGGAAGAGCGAGUGGAGCGAGAGGAGGAGGGGAGUGUGGAGAAGGGGGCGGACGAGGAGCGAGAGGAGGACGGGGUGGAGGCGGAUCGUUUGCGAGUGCUGUUUGCCCGCCAGCUGCUGCCACGUGUCACCAUCUCACAGGCCCAGAUAGCCUUCCUGGUGGACGCCGCUGUGCAGCUGGAAUGCGAGGGCCAGAGAGCGGAGCUGUUUGCAGUGCGAGCAGCCAAGGCCCUGGCAGCCCUCAACGGGCGGUCGCAGGUCACCCAGGCGGAUCUCUCCCGUGCUGCCCAGCUGGCAGUGGUGCCACGUGCCACAGUGUCAUUGGACAGCGAGCCUGCAAGCAGCACCCCCCAGUCGUCUCGGCCAGUGCCCCCUCCGCCCAGCCGGCGGAAGGAGGAGAGCAACGAGGAGCAGCAGGAGGAGCAGGAGGGCGAGCAGCAGGAGGAGAGCCACAAAGAGCAGCAGGAGGAGAGCCACAAAGAGCAGCAGGAGGAGAGCCACAAAGAGCAGCAGGAGGAGAGCCACAAAGAGCAGCAGGAGGAGAGCCACAAAGAGCAGCAGGAGGAGAGCCACAAAGAGCAGCAGGAGGAGAGCCACAAAGAGCAGCAGGAGGAGCAGGAGGCACAGCCCCCUGCAGCAGACGAGGACCAGCUGGUGCCAGCGUCCUUCGUGGUUGCAGCAGAGGACACCCGCCUUGACGCUGCCGCCCUGCAAAUGUUUCAGCGGGCUGCCCGGACGGCGGGGCGGGCAGGGCGGUCAAAGAACAAGAUAUUUUCAGAGGAGCGCGGGCGAUAUGUGAAGGCUCUGCUGCCCAAGGGCAAGGUGGUGCGUCUGGCAGUGGACGCCACGCUGAGGGCGGCAGCGCCGCUGCAGCGACUGAGGCGGGAACGAGCGCAGAGGGCGGGCGGCAGGGUGAGGCGCAUCUACGUCACCAAGAGCGACCUCCGGAGGAAACUGCUGGCGCGCCGAGCUUCAUCCCUGGUCAUCUUCAUAGUGGACGCGAGUGGCAGCAUGGCACUGAACCGCAUGGGGGCGGCCAAGGGGGCAGCGCUGCAGCUGCUGGCGGAGAGCUACAGCAAGCGCGACAGCGUGGCUGUGGUGCCCUUCCACGACCUCCACGCUGACUUACUAGUGCCACCUUCUCGUGCCGUGGCUCUUGCUCACAAGCGGUGAGCGCCCUCACACCCUCACACCCUCACAC